AUGGAUUACCAGUCAGGUGGCCGUGGAUGCUUCAAUUGUGGCGAUGCCGCUCAUCAGGUUAAUAUGUUUUGCGCCCUGCUCGUGAUUGCCCCAAGAAGGGAACUCCUACCUGGCCGUGAAUGUACUGCUGCCCCCAAGGAAAAGACUUGCUAUCGAUGCGGCCAGGCCGGACAUAUCUCCCGUGACUGCACAUCUGCCGGCUCCGGAGACAGCUAUGGUAACAGCGGUGGCUAUUCCGGUGGCGGAGGAGCUGCUGGCGGCCAGGAAUGCUACAAAUGUGGCCAAGUCGGACAUAUCGCCCGUAACUGCUCCCAAAGUGGAGGUUACGGAUCCGGUGGUUACGGUGGUGCUACUGGUGGUGGUUACAGCGGUGGCUAUGGCGGUGGUCGCCAGCAGACUUGCUACUCGUGUGGUGGUUACGGGCAUAUGGCUCGCGACUGCACUCAGGGUCAAAAGUGCUACAAUUGCGGUGAAGUUGGCCACGUCUCCCGAGACUGUCCCACCGAAGCUAAGGGUGAGCGAGUUUGUUACAAAUGCAAACAACCCGGCCAUGUCCAGGCAACUUGCCCCAACUAA